AUGGCCGCGCGCAAACUCGCCCAAGAGAUCGACCGCUGCUUUAAGAAGGUCGCAGAAGGCGUCGCCGCGUUCGAGGGCAUCUACGAGAAGCUGCAACAAUCCACCAACCCCGCACAGAAGGAGAAGCUUGAGGAUGCGCUCAAGAAGGAGAUCAAGAAGCUGCAACGGUCACGAGAUCAGAUCAAGGCCUGGGCAGCUUCCAAUGAGAUCAAGGAUAAGAAGCCGCUGCUCGACCAGCGCAAGCUGAUCGAGACGCAAAUGGAGAAGUUCAAGGCAGUGGAGAAGGAGAUGAAGACGAAAGCCUACUCGAAAGAAGGCCUCUCGGCCGCGUCAAAGCUCGAUCCGAAGGAGAAGGAGAAGGUCGAGGUGUGCGACUUCCUGUCGAGUAUGGUCGAGGAGCUGGAGCGCCAAGUCGAGACCACCGAAGCCGAGGCCGCCACCCUACAAGCCGGCCUGAAGAAAGGCAGGAAGGACAACGCAAAGGCAGAAAGGAUAGCCGAGCUAGAGCGCCAGGCCGAGAGGCACCAAUGGCACGUAGGCAAGCUGGAAUUGGUGCGGCGUUCGUUGGAGAACGACGGCAUAGAGGUCGAGCAGGUCAAGGAGCUGGAAGAAAGCAUCCGCUACUACGUGGAAAACAACCAAGAGGUGGACUUCAUGGAGGAUGACGCGCUGUACGAUGACCUGAACCUGACAGAAGGCGAGGACCUGUUCGGCAUGACCCAGGACAUGGACAAGGUCUCGUCGCAAGAUACGCAAUCGAUACAAGACGACAGCCACGAAGAACCCCCACGGAACGUCGGCCCCUCUACCAGCAAGGCGAAGGCCGGACCAGAGCCAUCGACAGCAGGAGCGAGAAGACCGUCAACCCAACUCAAGUCUCCCUUGCCAACACUAUCGACGUUACAUACCCCUGCGCAGGCCACGACAAACGGCGCUAGCACAAGCACCAUGAAGCCGGCGCCGUUGCCGACAAGAGCUCCUGGCGAGCCCUUGAAGUACGCAUCAGCCGCCGCCGCCGCCGCUGCGAGCGACAGGCAUAACGUGGGCAUUGCACCUUUGCCUCCGCCACCUGGUGCCAUCCAUGCCAACCACCCCCUGCGCUCAAGCGCUGCAUCGUCGCCCGCCGUUCCCCACGCCCAGCUUGCCACAUCGCUCGCAGCCAACCAAAGGCCGCCGGUCGCGUCAGUCGCAAGCCAGGAUGGCACAACACCGAUUACUGCCAAGUCUCCGGCACUCAGCCACUCCAGCGCUGCACCGGCGAGCACAGAAGCAAGUAGCAUACCGGCAACUCCGGCACAGGAGAAGCGAAGUGUGACACUUGCGAAGCCAUGCAAGCCGUCCGAGGCCGUCGAACAGCCGCUAACGAAUGGAGACAAGCACGCACAGGCGGCCAAGGAGGAGUCGGUGUAUCACUUGCCGUCCAGUUUGCAGGACCUUCUCGAGUCGUUCGAGGCGGUCAAGGAAGAUUCGCUGAAUUCGCAUGUUGACGAUCGUCUGAUGAUCACUUCUCACAGCAGCCAUCCUGAGUCUGUUGAUGCAGACAAGCCGCGCCAUUACCGCCCGCAGAAUCCUUACCCUUACACGCCCUCGCACUACCCGCAGGAGCCGCUGUCCAUCUUCGAUGAUCCUCGGUUGUACUCUCGUGUCGAUACAGAUUCCUUGUUCUACGCCUUCUACUACCGUCAAGGUACUUACGAGCAGUACCUGGCAGCCAAGGCUUUGAAGUCUCAGAGCUGGCGCUUCCACAAGCAGUACCAGACGUGGUUUCAACGCCACGAAGAGCCCAAGUCCAUCACGGAGGACUAUGAGCAAGGGACGUAUCGUUUCUUCGACUACGAGAGCACCUGGAUGAACCGGAGGAAAGCGGACUUCAAGUUCGCAUACAAGUUCUUGGAGGACGACCUCUGA